UUCCGUGAGAUAACCAUACUCUUCACCUCACCCAAUCCCUCUCUCUUCUCUCUGACGACGAAGAGAAUCCAAUCCAAUCAGACCUCUCUCUUCGCAACCAAUGGAGUCUCAUCGAUUCCUCUUCUCCAUAUUCCUCCUCGUCAGUUUCAUUUGCGCAUCCUCCUCCCGUCCCGUCAUCCGGCUCUACGGUGACCGGACCCGAAAGUUCCUCCGGGACGACGACGGCCUCUACUGCGAGAGCUGGCGGUUCACCGUCGAGACCAACGACGCCGGGGAUUGGAAGUCCAUCCCCUCGAGGUGCCGCCAGUUCGUGGAGGACUACAUGACCGGGGACAGCUACCGUUCUGACUCGACCUUCGUCGCCGACGACUCCCUGGAGUUCGCGAGGGACGUCGAGGUCGCCGCCGACGGCCAUGACGCCUGGGUUUUCGACAUCGACGAGACGCUCCUCUCCAACGUCCCGUACUACCAGGCUCACGGGUUCGGACUAGAAGAGUUCGAUGAGAAAUCAUUCGAUGCUUGGGUGGAUUUGGCUGACGCCCCUGCAUUGCCAGCAAGUUUAAGCCUGUAUGAGGAACUUCAACAGCUCGGUUUUAAGAUUUUUCUGUUAACCGGGCGAAGCGAGCAUCAGAGGAAUGUAACGGAAACAAAUCUUCGAAGGUCCGGGUACAGCAACUGGGAAAGGCUCAUCUUGAGGUCUGCUUCGGAUCAAGGCAAACCUGCAACAUUAUACAAAUCAGAGAGGAGAUCGGAGUUAAAGUAUGAAGGCUAUAGACUUCACGGGAGCUCGGGAGAUCAAUGGAGCGAUUUGCUGGGCUUUGCACAAGCACAACGGUCCUUUAAGCUCCCGAAUCCCAUGUACUAUAUUCCUUAAUUAGUGGAAUUAGGGAUUCUGGAACUUGUGCAUUACACUACGCUCCAUGGAAUUAAUUCAUCCAUUGUUGCUCAAUUGCAGAUAUAAUUUGCUUACUGUCUCAGUCAUGUUAUUUCCUCCAAAUUCUGGUGCUCGUUGUUUCAUUUA